GGCCUGGUUUGCAAGGAAGGCUUUUGAAGAGUUAGUUUCGUUAAAAUGAUGAACUUUUUACAGGCUUGUAGAGGUCUCAGGUCUCGUUUUAACACCGUUUCACCGCUAUUUCUUCUGCGGCUUAAGGCAGUUCAUAACUGGGGCCCACUAACGACAGCUUUUAAUUUUCCCAACACAGCUAUUAAUUGUGCUCCAUCAACAGGACUCUUCAAACUCCAACAGCUACAAGAUUGCUUUGGCUUUGAUUCUCUGAAGAAAGAAGCAUUGAAAGAAGGUGAAGAGCUCGUAAAAAAAGCUCUAAAAAACGCUUCAAGGCCAGAGCUUGUGGAUAUUUUUGACGAGUUGUCCGAUGUUCUAUGUCGUGCUGCCGAUUUAUCAGAGUUUGUCAGGAUGUCGCAUCCCGAUAAGCGGUUUGCUAAGGCAGCAGAAGAAACCUCUUUGGGGAUAAGUGCUUUUGUAGAAGUUUUAAACACAGAUCGUUCGYUAUACGAUGCCAUGAAAUCCCUGCUCAAUGAGCAUGGCGAGAAACUAGAUGACGCCGCAAAACAAGUAGCAGAACUAUUCCUUUUUGAUUUUGAACUCAGUGGAAUUCAUUUGAAUGAAAAGAAGAGGAAACAGUUUGUAGCCCUUCAAGAAAAGGCACUUAUUCUUGGUGCUUACUUUACGUGUGGAGCCAAUGCUCCAGCAUUGAUACCAAAGACAGAAUGUCCUCAGUCUAUUGCCAGUUCUUUUCCAGGAAGUGAUGGUAAUGUUGCCAUAGAUACCAUGUAUUUAGAGUCACCCAAUGAAGAUCUUCGUUCUAUGGCUUUCAAAGCCAAUCUAUAUCCUGUUGAAUCACAAAUCAAACAUCUUGAUGAGUUGCUUUCAGUAAGAGAUGAACUUGCAAAUUUGGUGGAUUUCCCCACCUUUUCUCACAGGGCUUUGAAAGGGACUAUGGCCAAGACCCCUGAAAAUGUACUUACUUUUCUCAAAAUGUCAUCAGAGAUGCUGGAAAAACCUGCAAAAAGGGAACUUGCUUUACUUACCAACAUGAAACAAAUUGCAACAGGCGAUAAAAGUAGUGAAAUAAUGCCUUGGGACUUACAAUAUUACAUCAGCACUACUAAAUCUCAAAGCUUAAAACUGAAUAGUUCUUCAUUAUCCCCAUACUUUCCACUUGGGGCAUGUAUGGAAGGACUAAAUUAUUUAUUUCAAUGUCUUUAUGGAAUAAGCCUUGAACCAGAAAAUGCUGCACCGGGUGAGUUAUGGUCCCCUGAAGUGCAGAAACUUAGUGUUGUACAUGAGAAAGAGGGAUUGCUUGGCUAUAUAUACUGUGAUUUCCUAGUAAGAGAAAACAAGAUCCAUCAGGAUUCUCACUUUACAAUUAGAGGUGGUCGUACACUUUCUGAUGGCUCCUACCAGCUGCCCAUUGUUGCUGUGAUUUGUAACUUCCCAACACCAACCCCAUCAGCGCCAUCUUUGUUAACACACCCAAUGGUUGAAAAUCUCUUUCAUGAGAUGGGCCAUGCAAUGCACUCAAUGUUGGCAAGGACAAAGUACCAACAUGUCACUGGGACUAGAUGUGCUACAGAUUUUGCAGAGGUCCCUUCUGUUUUGAUGGAAUCUUUUGUGUGGAAUCCUAGAGUGAUCUCCAAGUUUGCUAAGCAUCACAGAACUGGGCAGUCACUUCCUGAACAGAUGAUUAGUAAACUUUGUCAAUCAAAGAACAUGUUUGGUGCUAUUGAAAUGCAGCGACAGGUUCUGUAUUCUCUGGUUGACCAGGUAUACCAUGGACAGCAUCCUUUGGACAAGACAACCACUGAAAUCAUGGCCGAUCUUCAAAGAGAGUACACAGUCAUUCCUCACAUUGAUGGUACAGCUUGGCAGCAGAGAUUCAGCCAUCUAAACAGUUAUGGUGCACGCUAUUACUCUUAUCUCUGGUCCCGUGCUGUUGCAUCCAGGAUUUGGCAUCAAUGCUUUGCUGCAGACCCAUUCAAUAGGGAAGUGGGAGAAAGAUAUCGUCAUACAAUGUUAGCUCAUGGAGGUAGUAAAGAUCCAAAUAGAUUAGUUGCAGAUAUGUUAGGCAGAGAGUUGACUCUUAAAGAUAUGGUACAGUCACUUUUAGAAGAUAUACAGACUAAUAGUAUUUUUUAUUGAUCAAAAAUUCAAUAAAUUUAUUGUUUAUUUCUA